AUGUCAACCUCGACGUUGGACUUGCACGCCAACGGCGCAGCAGCGCAUCAACACGACCCGGACGCACACCAGUACAGCAAAUCGAGCACCAUCAAUACCGCUGCUACCGCCACCGAUACGCAACCCAACGAAGACGGUUUGAUCCUCGACAGUCGUGGCGGCGUUCCUAAGCUUCGCUCUGCGCUACAAGAUGCACGCGACUCGACGGGUGCAGCCAAAGGCGUGCUUCUCUCGCUCGGUUGGCUCGACCGCUUGCUUUCGCUCUUCAUCAUCGUCGCGAUGAUCCUCGGUGUAGUCAUCGGAGAAUUCGCCCCGAAUGCACAGCACAAUCUAUCAAAGGGCAGCUUCCGCGGCGUUUCGGCCCCGCUCGUCGUCGGGCUCAUCGUCAUGAUGUGGCCCAUCUUGACCAAGGUGCAGUACGAGCGCUUGCCCCAGAUGUUUGCCACCAAGCGCUUGUGGUAUCAGUUGGGGGUGAGUUUGGUGCUCAACUGGGUGCUGGGGCCAUUCUUGAUGCUCGGGUUGGCCUGGGCGACGCUGCCGGACCUGGAGGGGUACCGCGUCGGCGUCAUCAUGGUCGGCUUGGCACGCUGCAUUGCGAUGGUCAUGAUCUGGAACAAGAUCGCCAGGGGAGACAGCAACACGUGCGCCAUUAUUGUCAUUGUCAACUCGAUCCUUCAGAUCGUGCUCUACGCGCCCUUUGCCGUGCUCUUUGUCAACGUCAUCUCGGACGACGACAGCCUCAACCUCGAGUACAGUGACGUCGCCAUCGCUGUCGCCAUCUACCUCGGCAUCCCCCUCGCCGCCGGUGUUGUCACACGCUUCGCUGUACUCGGUCUCUUUGGUCGAGACUUUUUCCACCGCAGAUUCCUCCCCUUCUUUGGGCCACUUUCGCUCGUCGCGCUGCUCUACACGAUCAUCAUCAUCUUUGCCGAACAGGCACAGCACAUCCUCGACAACCUCGGUCCCGUGUUUCGCACGUUUGUGCCGCUCGUCCUCUACUUUGCCCUCAUGUGGACCGGCAGCUUCCUGCUCGUCUGGUGGCUCUCGGUUCGGUACGGCAAGACCGAGUGGGGAUAUCAGAUGGCCGUGGUGCAGGCGUUUACUGCGGGCAGCAACAACUUUGAGCUAGCGAUUGCCGUGUGUGUCGCUGUCUUUGGUGCAGGGUCGGACCAGGCACUGGCAGCGACGAUCGGCCCACUGGUCGAGGUGCCCGUGCUGCUGGUGCUCAGUUGGGUCGCCAUGUUUGUUGGUAAGCGACUCAAGUGGGAUAAAGGCUUGGAGACGAUGCAGAAGCGGUCGAAGGAUACGAAGGUGCAUGACGAGCCGGCAGACAUCGAAAAGCAGCCCAACUAG